AUUCAGCAUGGCCCAAGCAGAGAAGAAAGGUGGACUGCUUCGGAAAUCUUCAGCUUCCAAGAAGCCAUUGAAGGAGAAAGUUGUGUUGAUGUAUGAUGAGAUUUUCACGACAGAGGACCCCAGUAAAUGCAACCCUAGGUUUUGGGAGGAGCUGUUUCUCAUGAAGGUCAACUUGGAAUAUCUGGAAGGCAAGCUGGAGGCUCUGGAUGGGGAGGAGUUAAUGAAGAUAAAAGAUAACAUCAACUGCUUGUUUCAGCACUGCAUCCAGGCACUGGGUGAGGAGCACCCGAUCAGAGUGGUCAAUGCAUUACAGACUUUGUGUGCAUUGAUUCGAGGUGUCCAUCAGAAGAACAAAUCCACUUCUGGCUUUGACAUCAUCAACAUGCUUGUGGGUUUUGAUAAGGCAGAACUAUGUAUGAAGAACCUGAUGGAGAGCUUGGAUUCGCUGCUCUGUGCAGAAGGUUCUGAAAGCCUCAAGAGCUUGUGUCUGAAGCUACUUCUCUGCUUGGUGACGGUGACAGAUAACAUCAGCCAGAACACCAUCCUGGAGUAUGUGAUGAUUAACAGCAUAUUUGAAGCUAUUUUACAGAUCCUAUCCAGCCCGCUUAGUCGCAGAGAACAUGGCUAUGAUGCUGUUGUCCUUCUUGCCUUGCUGGUCAACUACAGAAAGUAUGAGUCAGUGAAUCCUUACAUUGUGAAGCUCUCCAUCGUAGAUGAUGAAGCCACACUCAAUGGAAUGGGACUUGUAAUUGCCCAGGCUUUGUCAGAAUAUAACAGGCAAUACAAAGAUAAGGAAGAGGAGCACCAGAGCGGUUUCUUCUCAGCUCUAACUAAUAUGGUGGGCAGCAUGUUCAUAGCAGAUGCUGAUGAGAAGAUCUCGGUCCAGACGAAUGAAGCAAUCCUCCUGGCCCUCUAUGAGGCUGUUCACUUGAACCGGAAUUUCAUCACCGUUCUGGCACAAAGCCACCCUGAAAUGGGGCUGAUGACAACACCAACGAGCCCAAUUCCAACCACACCUGUCACUCCCCUUGGAACCACCCCACCUUCUUCAGAUGUCAUAAGUUCUGCAGAGCUACCUCUGGAUGCUGAUGUGCAAACGAGCAACCUACUGAUAACCUUCUUGAAGUACAGCUCGAUUGUGAUGCAGGACACAAAAGAUGAGCACCGGCUACACAGUGGAAAGCUCUGUCUCAUUAUCCUGACAUGCAUAGCAGAGGAUCAGUAUGCUAACGCUUUUCUCCAUGAUGACAACAUGAAUUUUCGAGUAAACCUGCACAAGAUGCCAAUGAGACACAGGAAGAAAGCAGCAGACAAGAACCUGCCUUGUCGCCCGCUGGUGUGUGCAGUGCUUGAUUUGAUGGUGGAGUUCAUUGUAACACACAUGAUGAAAGAGUUUCCUAUGGAUCUCUAUGUCCGGUGCAUUCAGAUUGUGCACAAGCUGCUGUGCUACCAGAAGAAAUGCAGAGUGAGGCUCCAUUAUACCUGGAGGGAGCUCUGGUCAGCUUUGAUCAACCUGUUGAAGUUCCUCAUGUCUAAUGAGACUGUGCUGCUGGCUAAACACAACAUCUUCACUCUUGCUCUUAUGGUUGUGAACCUGUUCAACAUGUUCAUCACUUAUGGAGACACCUUUCUUCCCACUCCCAGCAGCUAUGAUGAGCUGUAUUACGAAAUCAUCCGGAUGCAUCAGAAUUUUGACAACCUCUAUUCCAUGGUUCUAAGGCUGUCAACCAAUGCUGGUCAGUGGAAGGAACCUGCAAGCAAGGUGACCCAUGCAUUAGUCAAUAUUCGUACCAAGUAG